AUGCCGCGUCACCAUCAUCUCCUCCGUCGACACCCCGCACCUGACACCUCCUCCCCCUCCGACAGCACCACCCCCACCACGCACCGCAACAACCACCCCCGGCGCCCCAACGCGCCAAUCGCUCGCGCCUCGGCCACCACGCGCAAUUCCAAACCCCUCCGUCCCAAGGCCUCUCCAUUCCCACGCUCCAUCCUUCCUCUGGAACUUUCGACCCCGAUCAUCCCCUCCACAGCCACCCCAGCCAGCAUGCAGCUCACAACCCCGCCGCAACGGCCGCCCUCGGACCAGAUGAUGGACGACGAUGAGGAUAUUGAUGACGAGGAAGAAGAGGAGGACGACGCUAUCCCAGAAGAGUACGACGGGGUCGGAUUCAGCCACGAGACAACACUCAGUUCCAUCGCCCGUCAGCGAACCCGGCACCGACAGCGGCAGUUUCAGCGCUCUAUCUCCGAGGAGGACGGAAUGCUACCUGCCCAUGAUGUGGAUGUGGCGGGGCCUUCUGAUAUCGAGGAAGAAGACGAAGAAGAAGAAGAAGAAGUGGAACAUGACGAGCAGGUCGAAGAGGAUGAAGAGGAUGUGGAGAUUGAGCCGGAGGCUGGUAGCGAGUCGGAGAUGCUACAUGAGCGAGAGAAAUCCCCAACUCCCCUCCCCGCUAACCUCCGCGAAAUCUCCUCCUUAGCGAGCUGGACCGUCUCAACUCAUAAGCCCGGCUGUGGCGUGACUGCCCUCCGUCACCCGUCGCCAACGCAGUACUGGCAAUCCGAUGGUCCGCAACCGCAUACCCUCACUUUGCACUUCUUCAAGUUGGUGGCUAUUGUGCGCAUCAGGGUGUAUUUGGACUUCGAGAUGGAUGAGAGUUAUACACCUACUAAGAUGACGUUCCUGGCGGGUAUGGGCGGGAAUGAUCUGGUCGAGUUUGCUAAUUGGGAAGGUGAGGGGCCGUGUGGGUGGGUUGAUGUGCAGUUGGAGGGCGUUGGAGGGAGGAGUGGGGGGUGGGUUACUACUAGUGCGCAGAGGCAGGGUGGUGCUGGUUCUGGUUCUGGUGCUGGUGGAGGGAGGAAGAAGAAGAAGAAGUCGGGGAGGCGGAGGAAGGGGAAGGGGAAGAGAAGGGGCGGGUUUAUCUUUGAGGAUCCUGACGUUGAUGUGGAUGAAGAUGAUGAGGAUGAUGAUGACGAUGACGACGACGAAGAGGAUGAUCCGUAUGCGGGGAACGUGCUCAAGGCCAUGGUCAUUCAGAUGCGAAUUAUCGAGAAUCACCAGAACGGCAAAGAUACGCAUGUGCGCGGGUUCCAGGUGUUUGCGAGAGAUGAUGAGAGAAAGAGGGUAGGAAAUGCGCCGUCAGCGUCGGCAGAUGGUCGUGUCCGGAGACACAGUGCCAGACGGUCGUUGAGAGCCAGUACGCAUGAGGAUAUGGAGCGUGAUGGUGUUUCCAAGGUGGUGACGAGUUUGGAGGAGCCGGAUUGGAUGGGCGAGCCUGUUAUUCGGUAGUAGUCAUUCAUUGUCAGAGCUCGAUUGAUAGCAUUUCGCGGAGUUUUAGAUACCCCCCCUUUUACAACAUACAUCAAUAUGUC